AUGUUUCGCGCUCGUCGCUACCGAGCGCUGUUGAUUUUCGUGGCGGCGUUCCUCCUGAUCCUCAUCCAUUUUAGCCGGUCGCGUGACUGGAACGAGACGGAGGUUGCGAAGCCCGAAAGCGCCAGCCAGCCAGACCUGACGCGUCCCGUGCAACCGAAUGCUCCCAACUCUGACAAUAAUCCGCCCGCCGAGGACAAUGGCAGACGUUUACCGGACUCGCCUCCCCGGCCACUCGACAAGCCCAACGGCGGGGUCAAUGGUGGCCCGAAGGACGGAGCGAAGGACGGAGGAAGGGAGGAUCCCAUGGCGGAUGAGAGUAAAGCGUCUGGAGCAAAUGAUAAGGCGUCGAGCAAGGACCACACCAAGGAAAAUAAGCCCUGGGGAAGUGACUCGAAGCUGCCCGGCAAAGAUGACGCCAAGGACACUAAGAUCGGCAAUCAAGAUUCUGGCAAGAUGCCCAGUAAGGAUGGCACCAAGGAGGGCAAGCCGUGGAACCCCGACUUGAACCUUCCUGGCAAGGGUGAUACGAAAGAUGGCCGCCCAUGGGGCGCAGACUCCAAGGGCGCAGAUUUGAAGGGUACGGAUUCGAAGGGCACAGACCUGAAAGGCGCCGAUUCGAAGGGCACGGAUUCGAAGGGCACGGAUUUCAUGGGUACGGAUUUCAAGGGAUCAGACUCGACAGGCACGGAUUCAAAAGACCUCGACAAGGCCCCCGAGAAGGUGGGAGAAGACGGCAAGACGACGCCCGAGACACCAAACACGAACAAAUCCCCUAGUGAUGCGACCAACGAGGAGAUCGACAAUGGAGGUGCGGGCAGGAUGGCCGUGAAUCGCCCUGAUCCGGACUCCCCGAUAGUGCAUUGGAGGAGUCUCCCAGAGCAGUUCCCCGUUCCCGAAGGCCAGGCGAUCAAAUUGCCCACCGGCCAGUCCCAGACCCUCCCAACACUGCAGGCUCAGUUCAAGGAUGAGUCGACGGCUGACAAGCAGUCGCGGAUGCAACAGCUCAGCGCAGUCAAGUCGGCGUUCCAGCACGCGUGGCAGGGAUACAAGAAGACUGCUAUGGGACACGACGAAGUCAAGCCUUUAUCUCAAGGAUUCGAGGAUCCCUUCAACGGCUGGGGCGCGACGCUGGUUGAUUCUCUUGAUACUAUGUGGAUCAUGGACAUGAAGGACGAGUUCACCGAGGCCGUCGAUGCGAUCCGAAAGAUCGAUUUCACCACCUCGAUCAGACAGAACAUCCCGGUGUUCGAAACUACUAUCCGCUACCUGGGAGGCCUCCUGGGCGCCUACGAUAUCUCGGAGCAGCGACACCCAAUCCUUUUGGAGAAGGCCCAGGAGCUUGCCCAGAUUCUCAUUGGCGCCUUUGACACGCCCAACCGCAUGCCAGCUCUCUAUUACCGCUGGGCUCCGGAGUUUGUCAGCAAGCGCCAUCGGGCGUCAUCGCGGGCUACGCUCGCCGAGAUAGGUUCUCUCUCAUUGGAGUUCACCCGACUGGCCCAAUUGACCAAAGACGACAAGUAUUACGACGCCAUUGCGCGGGUUACCAAUGAACUGGAGAAACUGCAGGAUUCAACCACCAUCCCUGGUCUGUGGCCGUUCCGUGUCAAUGCGCAGGGCUGCUCCAGGUACAAGCCCCAGCGUGAGAUCGUCUCUGUCAACAGCGAAACUAGCAUCUAUGGCGCUGGCGGCCAUGGUUCUGGUAAAGGUACCUCGGGCGCCGGCUCUCCUGACGACGCCGCUCCUGCCAACGGCGUUAACGGUGCUCCUCCGAAUGGGGUGCCUGCCAAUGGUGCUCAGGCCAAUGGUGUGCCUGCUAACGGUGUGCCUGCUAAUGGUGUACCUGCUAUCGGCGCUCCGGCUAAUGGUGCCCCUGGGAAUGGGGUCCCUGGAAACGGUGCUGCGGGCAACGGCGCUCCUCCCGGCGGUUUUGCUCCGAACGGCGUUCCUCUCAACGUUCCCAACCAGGGCGCUUCCGGCAACGGCGGUAACGGUGCUUUGGUCAAAGAUGCCUUUGGUAGCAACGCUCCAGCCAAUGGUGCUACUGGAAAUAGUGUCCCUGGAAACGGUGCUGCGGGCAAUGGCGUGCCUCCCAGUGGUUUUGCUCCCAACGGCGUUCCCCUCAACGUUCCCAACCAAGGCGCUUCCGGCACCGGCAUCAAGGCAAAGCGGGACCCGAUGGAAUCAGAAUGCAAUGGCGGAAUGGAGGUUCCAUUCUCGGCACGCGAUAACAAGUAUAGCCUGGGUGGGUCUUCCGAUUCGGCCUACGAGUAUUUGCCCAAGGAAUUCCUGUUGCUGGGUGGCGCAAACGACCAAUAUCGGAAAAUGUAUAAGAAGGCGAUGAACGCUGUGCGGAAGAAUCUUCUCUUCCGGCCCACACUGAAGGAUGGACGCAACAUCCGAUUCCUGGCCUCGACCACUCCCUUGACCCCUGCGAGGAAGAGCAGCCUGCAGUCUACAGAUUUGGAUUAUGAGGGCAAUCAUCUCUCGUGUUAUGCUGGAGGCAUGUUUGCUCUCGGAGCCAAAGCAUUUGGUAUCGAUGGUGACUUGGAGAUCGCUGCACAGCUAACUGACGGCUGUGUGUGGGCGUAUGAAUCGACCCAAACCGGUAUUAUGCCCGAAAGAUUCCAUCUACUACCGUGUGAGAGCAGUACAUCCUGCGACUGGAAUGAAGAUCGCUAUCAGGCCGAGGUGGCGCGCCAUACACCUUCGCACAUCCCUCGGGGCGAUCCCCAAUCCCCCAGUGUCCCGCUCGGCAUGGUGGAUAUCUUGUCCCCGACCUAUUUGCUCCGACCGGAGGCAAUCGAGUCUGUGUUCAUCAUGUACCGCCUUACCGGCGAUGAUGCCUGGCGGCGCAAGGGUUGGAACAUGUUCGAGGCAAUCGUCAAGCACACCCAAACCGAGGUGGCUCAUGCGGCCAUCAGCGAUGUCAUGGCCCAGAAGCCGGCGCAAAAGGACCUGAUGGAGUCCUUCUGGCUGGCUGAGACGCUGAAGUAUUUCUACCUGCUUUUCAGCGACCCUGACGUUGUGAAUCUGGAUAAAUAUGUCCUGAAUACUGAAGCGCAUCCAUUCUUGCGCUCGUGA